ACUUUGGACUUAGCACUGCAAACAUGUUUCUUAACAUCUCAAAGUUCAAUAUCGAGCAGAAAAUGAGAAAAAAAAAAUGACACAAAAGUGUUUUCUGAUGUUGGCUUCAGACUUCAUCUCUUACCAUGCCAAGAGCAGAGACACCAGGUGUCCUUGUUGACCAUUCCAAGAUGAUGGCACUUUUGGUGUCCCUGAAGCAGCUGAACUUUAUGUACUGUGCAUAUCUAUGGUUUGUAGCCCUAGCUGUGGUGAAUGCACAGGAAAUGUUACAACCCAAACCAGAUGAGGUCUGGAUUUCAAAUGAAGACAGAGGAAGACAUCUUUUUUUAGCAGACCAAGAAAACCCAAAAGUUCCAGCCAUGGCAUCAGAGACCAUUGAAGUGGCAGCUCUAGGAAGACCUCUGUUUCCUGGUAUGCUGUAUGACUGCCGCAAAGAUUCCUUCAUUCCAGGUGUUACUCUUUGGGAUAAGAAAUCAUUGAGUGAAAAUUUGGACAGUCGUCCACAGCCCAAGACAGAUGUGAAGUUCAGUAGCUCCGACUCUUUCUCUAGUAAGACCAGUCUCCUGGAUGUAAGUGCUUCCCUGAAGGCCAGCUUCUUGGGAGGGCUGGUGGAGGUGGGAGGAUCUGCCAAGUUCCUGCGUGACACCAAAUCCUCAAACCAACAGUCCAGAGUCACAAUGUAUUACAGUGAAACCACAAGAUUUGAACAACUCACUAUGACCCAUCUGGGCCAGAUCACCCACCCUCAGGUGUUUGACCAGAAAACUGCAACUCAUGUGGUCACGGCUGUACUGUACGGAGUUCAGGCCUUCAUGGUGUUUGAUCGGACAUUUUCAGAAGAGGAAGACAAGCAGGAGAUUGAGGGAGAACUGAAUAUCAUGGUCAAGAAGAUUCCUCUAUUUUCUAUUGAGGGGAAAGGAGCUAUAAAAAUGACAGAUGGUGAUAAGGAAGUGGCUGAGAAGAUCACCUGCACAUUUUAUGGUGACAUCCGCCUUGAGCAGAACCCCACCACUUUCACGGAGGCCCUCGAGGUGUACAAGAAGCUCCCCACUAUACUGAAGGAGAAUCCAGAAAAGGUGGUUCCAAUCAAAGUCUGGCUUUAUCCUCUUCAUCUUUUGAAUGAUAAAGCAGCUCAGUUGGAGAGAGAAAUCAGCGCAAGUGCAGUUUCCAUUGAAGUUAUAAUGGAGGAGCUGGAGGAAGUAGAGAGGACAUGCAAUGACCUUUCCAGAAAAACGCUGGUCAAUAUUUUCAGUGACAUCACACAGAGGCUGCGCUUAUUUCAGAGCUCAUUUAACAUUUACAAGGCAAUGCUCCUGAAAGCAGUCGGCAGGGUCUUGCCUGCUAUUCGAGGAGGAGGGAUGGAGGAGAAAUCAAUAGAAGACAUCCUGAAGAUCCACUACAGAUCCCCUUUUAAUGCUGAUGUGCUAAAGCAGUGGUUAGGUGAUGCAAAGUCUGAACUUCACCUCUUGAAUUCUAACAUAGAGAUGUUGAAUGGGAUCAAAAUGGAAAAUUCAGACACUCUCAACACCAUCCACCUUAAUCCUAAUAUUGAAGUUGUGGUGUGCUUGACCUUCACAUCUCUGAAUUAUGAAGACCCAUAUCUUUCAACCCUGACAGAGUUUGUUAAAUCUGACGAGUUUAAAGGGCUAGAUGGGGGAAAAAAGAUGGUUUCUGUAGCACCUGUCAGAAAAUGGUUCAGAGAUCCUGAUGUCAUAAUAAAGAUGAGAGAGAACUUAUCUCUUUUCAAAAGUUUCUCAGAGGCUAAUAAAGAUGAAAAGAGAAUCCGCUUCAGUAUUUCUGCCAUAUCCGAUCCCUCCAGUCCAGGGUCCUCCAUCUAUCUGUAUGAGAAAGGGAAGCUGACAGACACACAGUUCCAGCCCGUGUCCAAACCACCCCCACCAAUAGUAAAGGACACUCAGAACCGAAUAAUGUCCCUGAAACUGCAGAAAUCUCCAACUGGAGAAACAGUGCAGUACAGAGUGGAAUACCAGCAGGUAAAAGCAGAUUCUGGCCCUGACAAACAGUGGUUCGUCCAAAACACAGCAGAUAAAGACUUUAUUCAGACUGGAUUGGAGUUUGGACAGAAGUACUUGAUCCGCUACAGGAUAGUGGGUAAAGUGGGAGUGAGUGAAGCCAGUGACACUAUCAGCCACAUACCGUCUUCAGAACUACCUCUGAUUAGGGUUGGGAGUAUGCAUUCAACCACUUUUACGAUUCCUUCCACCAGCACCAUUAGGAAGAUCGUAAUUUAUUACCAGCGGAGCUUUAUGUGGUUCAGGUUUAAAGCAAUCGAGGUGGUUUCCAACACUGGCUACAGAUUUAUGGAUGGUGACUAUCACGGAGCGAAAUCCGAAGAAUUUCUAUUUGACGACGAAGAUAAAAUUGUUAAGGUAACAUUGUGGCCAAGUAAGGAUGAGACCAAACUCGGUGGUAUAGGAUUUGAGGUUGUAAAAAGCAACGGUGCAAGAACAUCAUUAUCAGUCAAGAAUGAAUAUAAUCUGGGAAGUCCUGUGAGUGUUGAUGUGAUGUCUAGAAAGUGUUACGGCAUUGCGGUGAGAAUCAGACUUGAAAUUGAAUUUCUGGGCUUCUACUUCAUUUAGAUGCCUCCAGCUGUACAGACAUAACUGUUACUGGCAGUAUCAAAAUACUUCUGCAGACAUCUGAACAAUAAUCAAAUAUUUUAAAUAUAUACUAAAGUUAAUGCAUGUAUAAAGAUAUUAUGUUUUUAGUAUCAAUCAGACUAAUAUGUUUGACGUUCAGGUAAAUGGAACAGUAAUAUCUCAAAUGUAAAUGUAAUGUAAAGGACAAAUAAAAACCAUCAAAUUUAUGAGUCAAUCAAUAAAUAGUGAUUGCAAUUUA